AUGGUCCGCCCCUCUGCCUGCUUCGAGAACAAGCGCAUCGCCCUCGCCUUCGCUCACAUGGUGACCUCCCCGGCCCCCGCCUCCGGCCCUGCCCGUCAGGCCGUCUGCCGUACGGGUCGCUACAGCCUCUACGACGCGCUCAGCGCCUGCUGCCCGUCGUCGGUGAUCAACCAAGACCCGUACGUGGGCAAGUACGGGCUGCGGGCGAUCGAGUUCUGCAAGGUGGUAGAGAGCGACGGCUUCCUCAAGGUCCGGCACCAGCGGCCCAGGGCCAAGGGCGAGGCCUCGAGCCCGUCGGGCUUGUCCGUCGCGGGGGCAGAGGAGGUGCGGUACGUGUAUGCGGGGAGGCGGUGGAGGGACCCGAGGGACGAGGAGGACAUGCGGGCGCUGCGGGAGGCGUGGGAGGAGCUGGCAGGAAGCUCGACCAUCUUCGCGGGGCAGUGUGCGUUGGAGCGGGUGGUGAGGGUGUGCGAGGAGUACAGGGGGGGCUGGGCGGAGUACCAGGCGGGGCUGUCGCGGCCGCUUCCGAGCGUGACGAGGAGGCGGGGGGAGGGGGGGAAGCGACGGCGGCUGGACGAGGCGGGGAGGAGCUCGCCGAGCUCAACGACGUCGUUUGAGGAGAAUUGCUGUGCAGGGCAUGGCUGUGUUGAGGGGCGUUCAUGGGAGCAGCAGCACAAUCAUCAAUCCUCCAUCUGGGGGACUUGUCAGGACGACUCAGAAUCAGAUUACAAGGAAUGUCUUACAGCUCUGUCAAACGAACAACUCUUGCCUUAUCUGGUCAAAAAUGAAGAUCUUGACUCGGAUAUUUUAGACGACGAUCACGAUACGGUUGAGAUUGACAAGAGCUUUGAUGAGACCCACAGGGCUCUAGAGAUAGGAGCAGGAGAGGAGACAGUGAUCAAUACGCUGAUUUCAAGUAUUGAAGGCGUUUGUGAGAUGGGCAUGAGGCAGUCAGAUAUCAUGUGUUUCGUUGAGGACAAACGAUACUUCAUGCCGUGCUUCGCAUGUGCAUAA